AGCAACAAAAAAAAAAACAUACUUAUAACUACUGCAACACCAAAGCCUUUGUAAAAAUCUCUCUCUCUGUCUCUCUGAAACCAAAGUACAGCACAGAGGUCCGCCGUCCGGCCAUGGAUUCCGCUUAGCUACCUGACACAAAGGUGACUUUUGAAGGGAAACAUUUGCUUGAUACUAUUUUCUUGUGAUAAUGGCUUCUGGGUUAAGAGGUUCAACCGGAAAUGCAGUUGGUGUUGAUAAGUUGCUUGAUGAGAUGAAGGACAUGAAAAUUAGAGGGGACAAGGAAAUAGGAACAACUGUUGUUGAUGGUAAAGGCACAGAGGUAGGCCAUGUAAUUGUCACAACUAUCAGUGGAAAACAUGGCGAUCCAAAACAAACGAUAAGCUACAUGGCUGAACGUGUUGUGGGAAAUGGAUCUUUUGGAGUAGUAUUCCAGGCAAAGUGCCUAGAAAAUCAUGAAACAGUUGCUGUAAAAAAGGUUCUUCAAGACAAGAGGUACAAGAACCGGGAGUUACAAAUCAUGCAUCUUCUAGACCACCCCAAUGUUGUGCGCUUGAAGCACUGCUUCUUUUCAACAACUGACAAGAAUGAGCUCUAUCUUAACCUUGUGCUUGAGUAUGUACCCGAGACUGUCUAUCAGGUGAUCAGACACUACCAUAAGAUGCAUCAAAGGAUGCCAUUGACAUACGUAAAAGUUUACUUUUAUCAGAUAUGUAGAGCACUUGCAUACAUUCAUAAUAGUGUUGGAGUGUGUCACAGGGAUGUAAAGCCUCAAAAUUUGCUGGUCAAUCCACAUACCCACCAAGUUAAACUCUGUGACUUUGGAAGUGCCAAAGCCUUGGUAAAUGGGGAAACAAACAUAUCUUACAUCUGUUCAAGGUACUACCGAGCUCCUGAACUUAUAUUUGGUGCAACUCAGUACACCACAGCCAUAGACAUGUGGUCUGCUGGCUGUGUACUAGCAGAAUUAUUGCUUGGAGAGCCUCUCUUUUCUGGUGAACGUGCAGUAGAUCAGCUUGUUGAAAUAAUUAAGGUUUUGGGUACCCCAACUAGGGAGGAAAUUAAGCGCAUGAAUCCUAACUACACAGAAUUUAAGUUCCCCCAAAUUAAAGCUUAUCCAUGGCACAAGAUAUUCCACAAACGUGUGCCCCCUGAAGCUAUGGAUCUUGUCUCAAGACUACUUCAGUAUUCUCCAAAUCUUCGUAGUACAGCUCUGGAGGCUUUGGUUCAUCCCUUCUUUGAUGAGCUUCGUGACCCUAACACCUGCCUGCCAAAUGGACGCCCCCUUCCCCCACUAUUCAACUUUAAGCCCCAUGAACUAAAGGAAGUGCCAGCAGAGAUGGUGGUCAAGCUGAUUCCUAAGCAUGCAAGAAAGGACUGCACCUUCUUUGAGUCAUCAUGAGGCUGUUUCAGUUGGUAUCUGCUUCCUACUGCAAAUAUCUAGUCUGCUGUAGAUAUGUAGCUAGUGGCCAAUUUAGAAGUGAUCGUAUUGAUUACUGUCUUGUUUUUUUUUUUUUUUCCUGUUCAUUUGUUCCCUAUAUUAUAAUUUUUUUUUUUUUUGUUCACAUUUGUCUCCUUCCACCUUGUUUCCAUAAUGGAAAUUGAGAAGGUUCUGCUUAGUAUGUCCUUAACACCUUCAUUGGUAGCCAUAGAAUUUUCCCUUGAAUCGGAAUCUGUUCUCAUGUCAAAAUAUAAUUACUUUCCUGAA